CGCCGACUCCGCGGCCGCCCGACGAGCCCCUAGCCGCACAGCUCGGGCCCUAGCCCCGGCCCCCUCCCGCCGUACCGCCCCCGGCCCGGCCCUCCUCCCACCUCCCUCCUCCCUCUCCAGCUCCCUCCUCCCUCCCGCCUCCCCAGCUGUCCCGUUCGCGUCAUGCCGAGCCUCCCGGCCCCGCCGGCCCCGCUGCUGCUUCUCGGGCUGCUGCUGCUCUGCUCCCGGCCGGCCCGCGGCGCCGGCCCCGAGCACCCAGCGCUGCCCAUCCGGCCCGAGAAGGAGCCGCUGCCCAUUCGGGGAGCAGCAGGCUGCUCCUUCGGCGGGAAGGUCUAUGCCUUGGACGAGACGUGGCACCCGGACCUGGGGGAGCCCUUCGGGGUGAUGCGCUGCGUGUUGUGUGCCUGCGAGGCGCCUCAGUGGGGUCGCCGCGCAAGGGGUGCGGGCAGGGUCAGCUGCAAGAACAUCAAACCCGAGUGCCCGACCCUGGCCUGCGGGCAGCCGCGCCAGCUGCCCGGACACUGCUGCCAGACCUGCCCCCAGGAGCGCAGUGAUCCGGAAAAGCAGCCGACGGGCCUGGCCUUCGAGUAUCCGCGGGACCCAGAGCACCGAAGCUACAGCGACCGCGGGGAGCCCGGAGCUGAGGAUCGGGGGCGUGGAGACGGCCACACUGACUUCGUGGCGCUGCUGACAGGGCCAAGGUCGCAAGCGGUGGCACGGGCCCGAGUGUCACUGCUGCGCUCUAGUCUGCGGUUCUCCAUCUCCUACCGGCGGCUGGACCGCCCUACCCGAAUCCGCUUCUCAGACUCCACUGGCAGCAUCCUGUUUGAACACCCUGCAGCCCCUACCCAAGAUGGCCUGGUCUGUGGGGUGUGGCGAGCAGUGCCUCGGUUGUCUCUGCGGCUCCUUAGGGCAGAACAGCUGCAUGUGGCACUCGUGACGCCCAGUCACCCUUCAGGGGAGGUCUGGGGGCCUCUCAUCCGGCAUCGGGCCCUGGCUGCAGAGACCUUCAGUGCCAUCCUGACCCUGGAAGGCCCCCCACAGCAGGGCAUAGGGGGCAUUGCCCUCCUCACGCUCAGUGACACAGAGGACUCCUUGCAUUUUUUGCUGCUCUUCCGUGGGCUGCUGGAAGCCAGGAGUGGGGGACCAGCCCAGGUUCCUUUGCGGCUCCAGAUUCUACACCAGGGGAAGCUACUGCGAGAGCUCCAGGCCAAUGCCUCAGCCCAGGAGCCGGGCUUUGCUGAAGUGCUGCCCAACCUGACAGCCCAGGAGAUGGACUGGCUGGUGCUGGGGGAGCUGCAGAUGGCCCUGGAGAGGGCAAGUGGGCCAGGGCUGCGCAUCAGUGGACACAUUGCUGCCAGGCAGAGCUGUGAUGUUCUGCAAAGUGUCCUUUGUGGGGCCGAUGCCCUGAUCCCCGUUCAGACAGGUGCAGCCGGCUCAGCCAGCCUUACGCUGCUAGGAAACGGCUCCCUGAUCUACCAAGUACAGGUGGUGGGUACAGGCAGCGAGGUGGUGGCCAUGACGCUGGAGACCAAGCCUCAGCGGAGGAACCAGCACACUGUCCUGUGCCACAUGGCUGGACUCCAGCAGGGAGGAUACAUGGCUGUGGGUGUCUGCCCUGGGCUGGGUGCCCGGGGGGCUCAUAUGCUGCUGCAGAAUGAGCUGUUCCUGAACGUGGGCACCAAGGACUUCCCAGAUGGAGAGCUGCGGGGGCACGUGGCUGCCCUGCCCUACAGUGGGCACAGCGCCCGCCAUGAUACACUACCUGUGCCCCUGGCAGGAGCCCUGGUGUUGCCCCCCGUGCAGAGCCAGGCAGCAGGGCAUGCCUGGCUCUCCCUGGAUACCCACUGUCACCUGCACUAUGAAGUGCUGCUGGCUGGGCUUGGUGGCUCAGAACAGGGCACCAUCACUGCCCACCUCCUCGGGCCUCCUGGGAUGCCAGGGCCCCGGCGGCUGCUGAAGGGAUUCUAUGGCCCAGAGGCCCAGGGCGUGGUGAAGGAUCUGGAGCCUGAGCUGCUGCGGCACCUGGCACAGGGCUCUGCCUCCUUGCUGAUCACCACCAAGGGUAGCCCCCAAGGGGAGCUGCGAGGGCAGGUGCACAUCGCCAACCAGUGCGAGGCGGGCGGCCUGCGCCUGGCGGCAGCAGGGGCCGAAGAAGUACGGGUGCCCGGGGCUCUGGAUGCAGUGGUGGCCGAGGCGGCCGCGCUGCCCGCUGUGCUGGGCCCAGACGCCCCAGCGCCAGCCAAACCUGGUGGCCCCGGGCGGCUCCGAGACCCCAACACCUGCUUCUUCGAGGGGCAGCAGCGCCCCCAUGGGGCUCGCUGGGCUCCUAACUAUGACCCGCUCUGCUCGCUCUGCACCUGCCAGAGACGCACAGUGAUCUGUGACCCCAUGGUGUGCCCGCCACCCAGCUGCCCAAGCCCGGUGCAGGCGCCGGACCAGUGCUGCCCUGUGUGCCCGGGUGAGUGCCCUGCAGGAGCGGAGAGGGUGAUGGAGGGUCCCCCGUGUGGGCGUGAGGCCUCUGCGGAGGGAAGGAGGGGGCCACCGUCUGCUUUCACUGCUUCUUUGGCUCCACAGAGAAGCAAGAUGUUGGAGACCUGCCGGGGCUGCCGAAGAACAGGGACCCUGGAGAGGGGGGGCACUGGAGAGGUGCACUGUGAGAAGGUGCAGUGUCCCCGGCUGGCCUGUGCCCAGCCUGUCCGUGCCAACCCCACUGACUGCUGCAAACAGUGUCCAGUGGGGUCAGGGGCCCACCCCCAACUGGGGGACCCCAUGCAGGCUGAUGGGCCCCGGGGCUGCCGUUUUGCAGGGCAGUGGUUCCCGGAGAGCCAGAGUUGGCACCCUUCGGUGCCCCCCUUUGGGGAGAUGAGCUGUAUCACCUGCAGAUGUGGGCAGUUGCAGACACCAGGACAGUUGCAGAGCUGGAGAAAGAAGCUGAAGGCUCCUAGGGAGCAGCCAGAAGGCCGCGUGACCAAGAGGAUGGGGCCUGGGUUGGGGGAGGAGGGGCGCCGAGGACCCCGCAUUCUCCUGCGGGAAAUCCAGUGCCUUUGGCCCCUCUUUUCUGCCUCUUCUCCCUCCCCCACUACCUCUGGGAACCACAACUCCACAAGGGGGAGGGGUAGCCAGGGCCGACCAAUGCCAUGUCCACUCCAACUUCGGCCUUGUCACCCUCUCGCCUCUGCCUUGGAAGCCCAACCCCUUUCCUUCUGUACAUAAUGUCACUGGCUUGUUGGGAUUUUUAAUUUAUCCUCACUCAGCACCAAGGGUCCCCCCACUUCACUCCUGCUGCCCCUGAGCUGAGCAGAGUCAUUAUUGGAGAUUUUUGUAUUUAUUAAAACGU